AUGGAGUUUGAGGGCAACAGCAGCGACGAAGGGCAUGCAAGUCAAGAAGAAUCAGCAGAGGAAUCAGCAGCAGCAGCAGCAGGAGCAGCAGGAGCAGCAGCAGCAGGAGCAGCAGGAAUAAAAGAAGAAAUAACAGGAGUUGUACCAUUAGGUAAUAUAAAGAAAAUAAGAACAAAAGAAGGAGAAGAAAAAGAAAAAUUACAAUUAAAAUUAAGGGCAUGCAUAAGUUGUAGACUUGUUAUGACGGAGCAACAGGGAAGGUUUUAUGAAGAAGGAUGUCCUAAUUGUGCAUGGCUACAAAUAGAUGGAGAUAGGAGUAGGGUUUUGGGGUCUGAAGGAGUUCCUGGUUGUUAUGCAGUAAAAGUGUUGGGAGAUUUACCUGAUAGUAUAAAGGAUGAUGCUCAUCGUUUUGCUUUUGCUGAAUAA